UGUUUGCAGAUCUCCAGCCCCGUUGAGACGGCCUCCAAUUGGAAGGAGGGGCCCGCAGCCAUUUUGGCUUAAACCACUGGUCCGAGGCCGCGUGGGAGGCCAGACCCUGCGUCGCCCCGCCGGCGCCAUCUGCGGCAUUUCUCGGCCAGACUAGAGGCCGCCGCGAGCAUGGGCCCAGCUAUCCAGGAGGAGCCUCCGCUCAAGAAGGCGAAGACGAACGAGAGCCUGGUGUCGUCUGCCGACGCCACCGCCGUCAAGGACGCCGUGAAGGCGGACAACAAGGAGAACAAGGAAAAAAAAGAGAAGAACGGCGAAAAGAAAGAGAAGAAGGACAAAAAAGACAAGGAGAAAAAGGAUAAGAAGGAGAAGGAUGGUAAGGAUGCGCUCGAUGGCGCAAAGGAGAAGAAAGAAAAGAAGGAUAAAAGUGAGAAGAAGGAAAAGGAUGCUGCUGCAGUCGGUCUAGCCAACGGGGGCGAAGUGAAGGAGAAAAAAGACAAGAAGGAAAAGAAAGACAAGAAAGACAAGAAAGACAAGAAGGACAAGAAGGAGAAGAAGAAAGACAAAAAAGACAAGAAAGACAAAAAGGAGAAGAAGGACAAAAAAGACAAGAAAGCAAUCAAAGACAAACUCAGACUCAAGCCGGGAAAGCUAUCACCACAGUCAUCUCAAAAAAAAAUGGUGAUGAAGACGAUGUUGAAGCAUAAGAUCGGAAAGCUCGCCAAGGCUAAGGCGGCCGCACCGGCUCCAACAAAGAUCGUCACCAAGACUGAGGAAGACUACGAGCCAGUGAACAGAUGGUGGGAGCUGGCGGAUGGCGCGGCCAGUGGCAAGCGCGGCGCCAAGAAGUGGGACACCUUCGAGCACCACGGCCUGAUGUUCGCACCUGACUAUGAGCCUCACGGGGUUCCGAUCAAGUAUGACGGUAAGGAGAUCAAGCUUACUGGUGAGGCAGAGGAGAUCGCCACCUAUUGGUGUGGGGUCAAAGGAACUGAUUAUGAAAAGAAGGACCUGUUCAUUAAUAAUUUCUGGGGCGUGUGGAAGGCGGCGCUGGGGAACGACUCGCCGAUCAAGGAGCUGAAGAAGUGUGACUUCGGCAACAUUGUUGCCCACCUGGAGGAGCAGAGGAGGAAAAAGAGAGAAAUGAGCAAGGAGGAAAAAGAGAAGAUCUCCAAGGAAAACAACAAGAAGAAGGAGUGGUUCUCGCACGCCCUGGUGAACAACAUCAGGGAGAAGCUUGGCGCUGUAGCCAUGGAGCCGCCGCAGCUUUUCAGGGGGCGCGGGGAGCAUCCGAAGCAGGGCCUGCUGAAGCGGAGGACUUUCCCGGAGGCUUGUGUACUCAACAUCGGUGAGAUGGCGCCAGUGCCAAAGGUGGUAGGUCUCCCCGGGCACGCCUGGAAGGACGUGGUUCACGAGAACACAGUGCAGUGGAUCGCCGCUUUCGACGACGCGCUGCUAGGCGAGACAAAGUACGUCAGCUUCGCCGCCACCAGUGGCCUCAAGGGCCAGCCCGACAUGCUGAAGUACGACCGUGCCCGCAGGCUGCUGGGCGUCAUCGACAAGGUGCGCAACAGCUACGAGAAGCUGCAGAAGAGCAGCAACGUGGCCGAGCAGCAGAAGGCUACCGCCACCUACUUCAUAGACAAGCUGGCCCUGCGCGUGGGCGGGGAGAAGAACACCGAGGAGGAGGCCGAUACUGUCGGGUGCUGCUCGCUCCGUGUGGAGCACCUGACGCUAGAGCCCCCGAACACCAUACAGUUCGACUUCCUAGGCAAGGAUUCUAUCCGGUACUUCAACGCGGUGCAAGUGACGGACACGGUCUACAAUAACGUCAGCAAUUUCAUGAAAGGCAAGAAGCCGACUGAGGACGUGUUCGACAAAGUCGACCCUUCCAUUAUCAACGAAUAUUUCAAGGAGUUCAUGGACGAUCUCACGGCGAAGGUCUUCCGAACUUUCAACGCGUCUUACACGCUGCAGCAAGAGCUCGAUAAGUUCGAUUAUUCGAAGAAGGACCAGUUUGGGCAGGACCAGCUGGUCAAGUUCUACAACGACGCGAACAGAUCGGUUGCGAUCCUGUGUAAUCACCAGAGGGCCGAGUCAAAGACUCACGGAGCGGCGAUGGAGAAAAUGCAGAAGCAGAAGGAGGACAUAGAAAAGCAGAUCAAGCUGCUAAAGAGACACAUGGCGUCGCUGGAGAAGGGUGAGACCCCCAAGCCCGCAGAGAAGCCACUCCCGAGAGAUAUCAUCGGGUGCAAGAAGAAGAUCGCGGAAACAAAAAUGAGAUUGGAGAAGCACGUCUACGCAAUGACCGAGAAGGAGGACAACAAGACUGUGUCUCUAGGCACGUCAAAAGUUAAUUACAUGGACCCGAGAAUUACCGUCGCGUUCUGCAAGAAGGCAGAUCUUGCGAUCGAGAAGGUUCUGCAACCACAUGCGAACCCUCUCUACACGUCCAAACGACACUGGGGUACCGGCACUCAACGAUUUGCCCUGACGGAGAGCCGCCCUUGUUCAAGCUUGGACCCGUCCACGUGGCGUCAGAAGCCAAUGCCGACGCCAUCGCGACGUGAACCUGCCGUUGGGGGGCAGCAAGGGGCCCAUGAUCGAACGUGUAAGAUUCAGCGUCUCCUUUCGCGCCGCGCGGUACCGAGCAGCCCGUGGACGACACGAAAGGGGAAUGUCGCCCAGGGGAUAGUCGCUCUGCGGCGCGGGCGUCCGACGGCAGGCGGGAGGAGCGCCUUCACGGGCGAGGGUUGCUGUUCUUCAGCACCCAGGCUCCGCAGUACGGGGGUGGGAACCACCGACAUAGGUCUGAGUGCCAGCGCGCGGGGGGGGCGCCCGGUGCCGGGACCGCCGGCGACGCCCGAGGGGGGACGGGUGGAGGAGGGAGCGGGGCCUGGAUAGCACUCUAGAGCGAUUGGGCUCUGCGUAUGCGUCGGACAAAGAGAGAAAACGAAUGGCCAGCGGCGGUAGCAGCCCCAGCCUGGCAAGCGGCUCCGGGCCGGCGCGCGGAGGGCCCCUCGGCGCUCCCUCUCCUCCGACGCCGCGCCAUGUGCUCGCGAGCGCAGCAGCUUCAUGCGUGCGCACCUGCCUGCAUCGCCGUGGAGGGGAGAUGGUUUGCGAGACAGCCGAUCCAGCGACGGGCUGCCAGGCACUACACACAGGUUUUGGCACUCAGGCUUGGCAUGUUGCCCCACUCGUCGAGUAACAAAAAGUUGGCCACCAGCGUUAGCGGUCGAAGAACGGUAG